AUGACCGUCGAAAGCAUGGUCAGCGACUCGUCGCUUCAGCCUCUUCUGCAAACUUCCCAUGCUGCGCUGCGCCAGGUACAAGCCAUUCUCGACUGGCUAGAGGAGAACGCUACAUCUGAAAAUCCCUCCCUAGAACUGAAACUCCAACUCUCGUCACAACAAAAGCUCCUACACGUCUACCUCACAAAGUUGAGGACCCUGCACCGACGGUCGGCGCUCGGUGUCCGCGCAACCAAACAGCAGACGGCAGAAGCCAGGCAAGAGGUGGACCGGUUAUUACUCCAGUUGCAAAAUCUUUACUACGAGCAGAAGCAUCUUAUUGGAGAGAUAGCCGCAUGCGAAGGCUAUGAUCACUCCUAUAUGCGUUUACCGCUGCUUUCGCCGGAUGAGUACGUUGGCCUGUUUCCAGACCAAGCUGGGCUUUCGGAAGAGGAACUUAUGCCCAAACGAAUCGAGCACGAAAAGGAAGAACGUGAUAAGAUGGAAGAAGAGCGUCUCCGCCUUGUCAAGAUCAAAGAUGAACUGCUGAAAGAGAACACGCUGAAGAAAGAGGAAAUGCGGAAGAUGGACGAGAAGCUGGAACUCAUGAUUGACAGUCUAAAACCGCUUGAGGAAUCAUUGAUCAAAGAUAUAUGA